GGAACAUCAUAACUGAAACAGUGGAGUCAACGGAGAGUAGUUGUUGGAUAUUCAGACGUAAAUUGAAGAAAACAAACUUGUGUUUUACUUUCUUCAACGGAGGUAGAAUUCAUCGCUUUCUCAGACACUUGUCAAGAAACUAUCUAGUUGCGGAGAUUACUGGUGGAUAUGAACGAGGCAAUAAAGAAUUCAACAUUAAUAUACGAGGACAAUCAAAGCUGACGCCAAAUUUUAUUGACAAUUAAAUGAUUUUUAAAUAAUGUUUAUUGCCGAUUCAUAAGUUAUUUUCGUUUAAAUGAGGAAUAAUUUUAUUUUUUCUAAUGAGAUGAAGGAACAUUGACACAAACUCUGCAUUUUCUUGCUGCCGGUAGUUAACAAGAAUGCCUUUUAAAUGAUUUUAACUUUGGGCUGAAGCAACUAUGGUUGGUAAAAGCCUGCUUUUAAUUAUUAUGCACACCAUAUUUGUGCGCUGUGGAUGAAACACAAAUGACUGAAGAAGAGCAAAACCCUUCAAAAAUUCAAUUUUACUCAAAAACUACAUAUAUUCCUAGUAGUAGUAGAUCGUAGACGACUUUUUAUGAACGAAACACAUCCUACGGUCCCUUAAUUUUAUUUUUCCUUUGAGCUCAACAAAUUUUUCACAUUUGUACAAUACAUAACUGAUUAAAAUAGUUUAAAAUUAUAAAAGAAAUUGUUAUUUUUAACCAGUUUCCAUUUUCAAUUAAUAUUUUUCCCAAAUAAAUUCAUUAAUCUAUAACUAGAACUGUAGGUAGUCAAACCGUCGAACCAAAAAGUUGAAGUUUGACAACACUUCGAAAUUUUUUUUGACGGGUUGAGUUGGUAACCAUAAUACGGAAUGUCAAAACUUCAACCAAAAUGCAGGUAGGUUGAAAACCGUAUUAGGUCCUUGAAUACAAUUAUUACCACUUCAGAAACGUAGAUCUUAUAAAAAAAAUGUGUACAAAUCAAAUUUCAUGAUCGCUUUUUAAAAACAAUGUCCGUCCGUUGCGAAUAUACCAAUUUUAUAAUAGAUUUGACUUAUUUAAAUAUGUCAUUCCUUAAAAAUGUCAUCAGACAAUUAGAGUUGCUAUGUAUGUACAUUUUUUGUGAAAAAUAAAAAUAAUAUAUCAAAUUACAAUAUUUUUAAAGACUAAAACAAGUUAUUAAAAUGCAAAACUAGGGUGCGAUCGAGCUACGUAAUAAUUGCAGCUACUGUGUUGCAUAUUUGCUGAUGUGCAGACAAAAAUUUAGUGUUGCCGAAUAUAUGCAUAAAUUGUGUGCAGAGAGUGACAGUGGAAUGUGAUGCUGCUGCAGGUGUUGCCAAAAAUUUACGCAGAACGUGAUACUUAGACAUAUUGCAACACCGCUGUCGUCAUUGCCAUGUCGAACGCACCCCUACUUAAAAGCAUCUUUUAUACAAUUUCUUACGUUACUUACAAAUACAUUAUCAGCUUGUAGCUUUUUAUAAUUAAUAUUUUUGGCCAUUUCAAGUAUAAAAGAACGUAAACAUAUGAAAAAGACAAUAGCAACCAAUCAACUAGGACCAACUUCGUCAUCAAACAUAUGAUAUGAAAGUUGUCGUAACCCCUUUAUAUGAACGUUGAAUGCGGAUAUAUGUAGGGUGCGUUCGAGAUGGCAAUCACGACAGCAGUGUUGCAAAUUUGUCAAAGUAUCACGUUCUGCGAGAAUUUUUGGCAACACUUGCAACAGCAUCACGUUCUACUGUCACUUUUUGCGCGCAAUUUAUCAAAAUUUCAGCAACACAAAAAUUUUGUCUGCAGAACAGUAUGGUUGAAGAAAGCGAAAGAUCGGGUUCAAUAAUAAAGUUACUAAUAAGAUGCCGGCUCGAUAUGGAGGCCGAAUUUGCAGCCGGCAAAAAGAAAAAAGCGGUCCUUUGGGGUAGAGUCCUAGAGUCUAUGAAAGCAGUGAAUCCCGAAAUAAAGGAUUCAAAGGAGGCAAUUCAGAGGAAAUUUUUGAAUAUGUUGGCCUCGUACAAGAGGAUAAAAAAGAGGAAUAAAUCCACAGGAAGGGAUGCCACCAGCUGGGAGUAUUUCGAAGAAUUCAAUGCUGUUUAUGGCAGCCGCCACUCAAUUGAGCCUCCAUUGGAGAAUUUGCUAUCCUCCCUGGGAAGUCCCACGUGCGAAGACUCGGAUUGCGGUGACUCGGACAGUUACCUUGGAAGUGCAAGUAAACGCUCCAAAAAAUCGCAAAACGAGACAUUAACAUUUUUAAAGGCGGAAUCUAGUCAGGAGCAAAAACGCCACGAUGAACUAGUACAACUAGAGAGAGAGAAGCUAGAAAUUGAAAAGGAAAAAAUUUCCGUUUUGAGUGCGUUGCGAGAAAUUCUGGCGAAUAGAAUUUAAUUACAUUAAUUACCUGAAGUAUAUGAUCUCCUAUAAACUUAAAUUUUUUUUGCAAACUAUUGUAGUACAAACAUGAAUGUGAUCGUACAAAAAACAUGUAAAACAUUUUUUUUGUAAUGCUAUUUAUUUUUAAAUAAAAAAUUUAUGACGAAAA